UGUCCUUGCUUGCUCUUCACUCUGAGGUCUGUGUGUGGGAGGAGGCAGUGGGAGAGCAGGAGCAAGAGGGGGAACCAGAAAAGAAAAGAGCAUUGUUGAGGGGACCAUGCUGCAGGGGAGGACCGCUGCCUGGCUCUGCGCUCUCCUGCUGGGGCUGAUGGGGCUCCCGGCGUCGGGCUCCGACUUCCAGCAUCACCGCUACGAGGACAUGGUGCGAGCCCUGCUGGCGGUGCAGAACGAGUGCCCCUACAUCACCCGCCUCUACAGCAUCGGGCUCAGCGUGGAGGGGCGCCACCUUUACGCGCUGGAGUUCAGUGACAACCCAGGGAUCCACGAAGCUUUGGAGCCGGAGUUCAAGUACGUGGGCAACAUGCACGGCAACGAGGUGCUCGGCCGUGAGCUCCUCAUCAAGCUCUCGCAGUUUCUGUGCGAGGAGUACCGGGCCGGAAACCCGCGGAUCACCAGGCUGAUCCACGACACACGCAUCCACAUCCUGCCCUCCAUGAACCCCGACGGCUACGAAGUGGCAGCCAGACAGGGUCCUGAACUGAACGGAUAUCUGGUGGGUCGAGGGAACGCCAGAGAGAUUGAUUUGAACCGAAACUUUCCGGACCUGAAUGCGCUCAUGUACUACUACGAGAAAACCAAUGGGAGAAACCACCACCUUCCUCUGCCAGACAACUGGGAACAUCAGGUCGAACCUGAAACUCAGGCGGUUAUAAAAUGGAUGCAAAACUACAAUUUCGUCUUGUCGGCCAAUCUCCACGGAGGCGCAGUGGUGGCCAAUUACCCCUUCGACAAAUCAAGAGACCCUCGCAUUCGAGGGAGGACCACGUACGCAGCCACCGCGGAUGACAAAAUCUUCAGGCAGUUGGCGAGGACCUACUCGUACGCUCAUAGCUGGAUGCACAAAGGCUGGAACUGUGGAGACUUCUUCAACGAAGGGAUCACCAAUGGAGCCAGCUGGUAUUCUCUAUCCAAAGGCAUGCAGGAUUUCAACUACCUGUACACCAACUGCUUUGAGAUCACUCUGGAGCUGAGCUGUGACAAGUUUCCCUCGGAGUCGGCGCUGCCCAGAGAAUGGCUCGGCAACCGAGAAGCACUGGUUUCGUACCUGGAACAGGUGCAUCAUGGGAUAAAAGGGAUGGUAUAUGACGAGAACAACAACCCGAUCAGUAAAGCUGAGAUCUCUGUAGCUGGCAUUAACCAUGACGUGACAACCGGUGUGGACGGCGACUAUUUUAGGCUUCUGCUGCCAGGCACAUACACGGUGAAAGCCUCCGCUCCAGGCUACCUCCCUUCGUCCAACACAGUGACGGUGGGACCAGCUGAGGCUAUCCAGCUUCAUUUCUACUUAAAAAAGGCUCCAAAACAAAACCUAAAAGGGAAACACCAUCAUGGCAAGAAGAACAUCUCUGCCAACAAGGCCUCAAUGAAGCUUGGUCCAAGAUGAAACUAGCACAAAAACUCAAACAACACCCAGAAGAUAAGAGAAGCUCCCACUUGGAACAUACCCCAGCAUAUUAAUUAUGUAAAUGAUAUGUGUUCAUGAUAUAUCUUUGUAUUCUUAGGGUAAGUCUGUAAUAAAAACGUUUUGUUUUUGGCUGAUGGUGAUAAAUUGUUGCAUCUGUAUGAAAGAAUUGUUCCGAGCCCGGUGUAUUUAUGCUACAGUGUUGAUAUGUAUGAAAACAACAGUUUGUGUAAAAAAAACUAGUUUUUUUGUUGUUGUUUUCAAUACGUGAAAUUUGAUGAGAAUUGUAAAAGAAAUUAAAAGAAUGUUUUUACGA